CUCGCCCAGCUCCGCGCACCGGCGUCCGCAUCGGCACUUGUCACGCUGAAAGGGGGCUGCUUAGGCUUCUGCCCACCUCCGGCGCUCACACCCAGGCGCCCAGUGCCAACCGCUCUCCUGAUGGGCCGGGCACACACAGCCUCCUUGUGGUCCGCUUCUCAAAGGUUCCAGUCGCAGGGCACCGCGCGUCCACAAGGAUACGUUCCUAAGACAUCCCUGAGUUCACCCCCUUGGCCUGAAGUCGUUCUGCCAGACCCCACCGAGGAGACCAGACACCACGCAGAGGUCGUGCGGAAGGUGAACGAGCUGAUCGCCACGGGCCAGUACGGCCGGCUCUUUGCCGUGGUGCACUUCGCCAGCCACCAGUGGAAGGUGACCGCCGAGGACCUGAUUCUGAUCGAAAAUGAGCUGGACCUUGCGUGUGGAGAGAGGAUUCGGUUGGAGAAGGUCCUGCUGGUCGGCGCUGACGACUUCACGUUGCUGGGCAAGCCGCUCUUGGGGAAGGAUCUUGUUCGUGUAGAAGCCACCGUCAUUGAAAAGACAGAAUCAUGGCCAAAGAUCAACAUGAAGUUUAAGAAAAGGAAAAACUAUAGGAAGAAGAGAAUUAUUGUGAGCUCGCAGACUGUCCUCCGCAUAAACACCAUUGAGAUUGCUCCGGGUCUGUGCUGAUCGUCGAGCCGGCAUUUGCAGAAAAAAAAUAAACCCGUUUUCCAGGGA